GCCUUGAUGAUAAUCACAAUAUCGUUCGUGAACUGCAGCACCCCAAACGAUUCGUUCUUAAAUUGGAGUUUGAUGAGCAGAGUAUGUUUUGGUUCUACAUCAUAACAAAUUAAUUGCAUUCAUUAUUGCACUAUGGGUCAAUUAUCAGUUCUAAACAUGUAUUUUUWUYUUCUAUGCUGUCUGCUGCGAGAUAGACAGUUGAUCGGUGCGUGUAUUAAUCCUGCUAGAAUUCAUUGCGGCCAGCAGGUCAAAUAAACGACUAAAAUGAACGAGUCACUCAAAUAGAAUUAUGACUCAAGUCAGUAAAAAGAGUCGUUCAAAAAGAACGAAUCGUUCGCGAGCUGCACAUCACCACACAGUAGCCUAGCUACCUGUCAGUAAAAUAUAGGACUUCAGAACAGCAACAGAACAGCAGCAGGCACUCGCAUCACAACAACACGGUCGUUGGCAGAGGAAUGGGGGGUAGYUAGCUAGUUAGAUUUCCGAGAAUAAGGAAAAGCUCAMUACAAUCAAGAUGGUGUCGUGGAUUAUCUCCAGGAUGGUAGUCCUGGCCUUCGGGACCCUCUACCCGGCCUACUCCUCAUACAAGGCCGUCAAGACAAAGAAUGUGAAGGAAUAUGUGAAAUGGAUGAUGUACUGGAUAGUGUUUGCGUUAUUCACGACGGUGGAGACCCUCACAGACUUGUUCAUGUCCUGGUUUCCUUUCUACUUUGAGCUGAAGAUAGCCUUUGUGAUCUGGCUCCUGUCUCCGUACACUAAGGGCUCCAGUGUGCUCUACCGCAAGUUUGUCCACCCCACCCUGUCCAAUAAGGAGAAGGAGAUCGAUGAGUACAUCACCCAGGCUAAAGACCGUAGUUAUGAGACUAUGAUGAGGUUUGGGAAGAGAGGUCUGAACUUGGCUGCUACUGCUGCCGUCACCGCAGCUAGCAAGGGCCAGGGUGUGCUGUCGGACAAGCUGCGUAGUUUCAGCAUGCAGGACCUGACUCUGAUCAACGAUGGGGAGGAGAUGGGCCUGCACUCCUCUGACCCCCGCAUGAGGAGAGAUGCCUUGGACGACAUGGCUACUGGAGCUAACACGCUGCCCCGCGCCAAGACCACACGCCAGACUCGUUCCUCCUCUGCGGCUCCUCAUCUCGACGAAUCAUCGCAGCACAGCUCGGACCAAUCAGACACCAGGAGCGUCACCACAGAGCAUUCUGAUGAGGACAUCGUGGAGAAGGUCCCUGUGAAACGCACGGCCAGCGUCAAGGCAAACAAGAAACCCUCCACCGCCAAGACGGAGACUACGACUAAGACGGUGAAAAAGACACCAAAGAAGAAGACCACCACAGCUACAGCCAGCAACAACGCUGAGUCACCAUGAUACCUGUAUCUACUGACCCCAUCUACACCCUACUGCACACCACUACAGCCAUCUAACAGGCCCUCUCUGUCUCCAGUCCACACACACACACGGACCUCUGGAGUGUCACCCUCGCUGGUUAAGCGCAACUCGCAGGUUUAGUUCUACUGUAGAUGGCCAGCAGGCUUAGUUCUACUGUAGAUGGCCAGCUUCAUGUCAACAACACUUGUUUUAUUUAGCCUGCUGCUUACAUUCUAGGUUUUAUAGUCAUUAACCUCAGUGUGUGUGUUUCAGUGAUGCCCUGUUAUCUGGACUGAAAAAGAGUUGCUUCCUUCCUCCUGUACAGUUCAUAGCCCUCUGUGUUGGGGCCCUCCCAGGCCAUCCAAGGCCCCACACUAGAUUGACUUGACAUAAUCCUCUUGGCCCCCUUGGGAACAUAGGGCAUCCAUCACGGCUCUCCACUUCCCUCACUAUGCUAGGGCAUCCAUCACGGCUCUCCACCUCCCUUACUAUGCUAGGGCAUCCAUCACGGCUCUCCACCUCCCUCACUAUGCUAGGGCAUCCAUCACGGCUCUUCACCUCCCUCACUAUGCUAGGGCAUCCAUCACGGCUCUCCACUUCCCUCACUAUGCUAGGGCAUCAUCACGGCUCUCCACCUCCCUCACUAUGCUAGGGCAUCCAUCACGGCUCUCCACCUCCCUCACUAUGCUAGGGCAUCCAUCACGGCUCUUCCACCUCCCUCACUAUGCUAGGGCAUCCAUCACGGCUCUCCACCUCCCUCACUAUGCUAGGGCAUCCAUCACGGCUCUCCACCUCCCUCACUAUGCUAGGGCUUUGCUGCUUAGCAGGAGAUCCUCACUGGUUUAUUGGAGAUGCAUUCUCUAUAAACGUACAUUCCAGUCAGAGUAUGGUAACUCUAUUGGAUGGUAGCUGGGGGCCGCCAUGAAUGGAAAGGUAGACUAGUGGACUAGGCAUGUGUGAAGGAGCGAUCAGGGAGGGAACAGAGUAGAGAGGGAUGGGUGCCAAAGGAUCAGUAUUGUUGUUCCUGGCCUCUACUCAACAUGUCCCAACUACAGAGACUACAGUCUCACCGUUGGUUGUAGCAGUAGUCCACAGAGCAGGUCUCUGUCCUUUUUGGGCAGUCUGUCUGACUACAUAGAUGGGGCUGUGUGAUCUCUGGAAGGCAGAGGACAUUCUGGGAGCACUUAUCUCUAACAGUGUUAAGCCGAUGCCAUGGUUACCCAUAUCAUUCACUCUACUGUAAUGGAGCAGUAGACUGAUGAACACUUGGUCAUGCGCCCACAGAGAGAUGAAGAGAUCUGUUUGUUCUCUCUCUCCUCUCCUCCCUCUGGACAGCUCUACCCUCUCACUCCGUUCAGCUCAGAACGGUCCAGCGGAAAGACACACAGCUUCAGGCAUCAUUACCUUUUCUGUCUGACUGUGUGUGUACGAUGUGCAUGUGUGUAUUUUUGGAACAUGACCAAGCUUUUGUUUUUCCCCUCUCUGUUGUCCCAACUGCAUAGAGACAGAAUGACAGAGUUCUCUGACCACUUAUAAUAACAUAAUCAUCCACAAGGUCUUACACUACAGCUCAUAGCAUAGCUAAACAGUACAGACAACCAACAGUUAAUUUAACUUUGUUAGACUUGUGCUUAGGGUUAUUUUUGUUUACUCUGAAUUGACUGGCUUAUAGGAUGUAAGAGUGGCUUAGUGGUCACCAAGCUAAUGUCAAUGCUCUGUUGACACCAGGCUACAUUAUGAAACACCACUAUCGAUCCCCGUCUUGUUUCAAUGUGUUUAUAUUAUCAGAGCUGGCUGUGUCAGGGUGGUGUAGUGCCCUAUUAGGAAGACCUUCAGGUGAGCCUGGCUUAGCUAAGUCUGGGUCUUACCUGGGUCAGAUCAUCCCAGUCUGACUAGGCAAAUAUCUGAGGGAUCUACUACUAUUGUAUAAUAUAUGACUGUCACACUAGGUAUUGUAUAAUGUAUGACUGUCACUUCACAGUAUUUUGU